AUGUCACGGCCAUUGUUAAGAAAUUCUGGUGGAAAUGGAUGGAUUGUGCAGAAGUUUGGUGGCACCAGUGUCGGCAAGUUCCCAGACAAGAUUGCCGAGGAUAUCGUCCGGCAAUAUGUCUCGUCAGAGAACCGCAUCGUCGUCGUCUGCUCGGCACGCAGCCCCGGCAAGAAGGUCGGCGGCACCACAAGUCGCUUGCUGGAGGUCGUCAAGAGCCUGCAGCUUCUUGGCCCAGCCGCCGCUAUGAGCGACGAACCCGCCCAAGUCCAGCUCGUCGAGACUGCCCAGAAGCUCAUCCACGACAUCUGCAAUGAACACGUCACGUCCGCCCAAGCAAGCGUCUCGGACCCGGCUCUUUGCGACGCCUUGUGCAAAGAGAUCGACGCCGAGUGCCGCGAGCUCGCUGAAUACGUCGCCGCCAUCAAGCGCUUCAAUCUCGAGGUCAACUCCCGCUCCAAGGACCGCGUCAUCAGUUUCGGCGAGAAGCUGAGCUGUCGCUUCAUGACCUACGCGCUGCGCGACCACCAGGUCGCCGCCGAGUACGUUGACCUGUCCGACGCCUUGCACUCCGGUAUCGGAGGUGCAAACCAUAUCCACGACCGGCUCGACGCCGCAUUCUACCGUGAAGCAGCGAGCGUGUUCGCCAAGAAGAUUGCCGCCUGCGGCGACAGCGUACCGGUCGUGACGGGUUUCUUCGGCAACGUGCCCGGCAGCUUGGUGGACGGCGACGUGGGACGUGGCUACACAGAUCUGUGCGCAGCACUCAUCGCCGUGGGGCUCAAGGCACAGGAGCUGCAGGUCUGGAAGGAAGUGGACGGUAUCUUCACAGCCGACCCAAGCAAGGUCCCGACGGCACGACUCAUUCCGUCCAUCACGCCCUCCGAAGCAGCGGAGCUCACGUUCUACGGCUCCGAGGUCAUCCACCACUUGACCAUGGACCAGGUCGUAAAAGCGGUACCGCCCAUCCCGGUGCGCAUCAAGAACGUCAAAAACCCGCGCGGCAACGGCACCAUUGUUCUUCCGGACCCAGUACGUGCGCCUGGCCAGCAGCUGCAGCGCAUGGGCCGCGGCAGUUUUGCGGUGGGCGCUGCAGCCCCAGUCACCAACGGCAACGGACCGGCUGCAGCGGCGGCUGGUGUGCGGCUCACGCCGCGGCGACCGACGGCCGUAACCAUUAAGGACCGCAUCUCGGUGCUUAACAUCCACUCCAACAAGCGGUCCCUGGCACACGGCUUUGUGGCCCGCGUGUUCUCGAUCCUCGACCAGCACCAGAUCUCGGUGGAUCUCAUCGCCACGAGCGAGGUGCACGUGUCCAUGGCCAUCCACGCGCCGGACGUGUCAUCGCCGUCCGAGGCUGGCGUCGCCGACAGCAAUCUGGAGCUGGCGCGGAAACAGCUGGGCGCCCUCGGCGACGUUAGCCUGCUGCACGGCAUGGCCAUUCUGAGCCUGGUGGGUGCGGACAUGAAGAACAUGAUUGGCGUUUCCGGCAAGAUGUUUUCGACGCUCGGUGAGCACAACAUCAACAUUGAGAUGAUUUCUCAAGGCGCCAGCGAGAUCAAUAUCUCGUGUGUGAUUGAUGCGGACGAGGCCACAAGAGCGAUGAAUGUGUUGCACACAAAUCUAUUUACAUUUUUGGAUUAG